ACUCGGCUGGAGGGAAGGAAGAGAUUUAAACUCAGCUGCUGGGUGUUUCUUUAAACUUCCUCCACACCCUGAUUAUCUUCCACAUUACAGGCAGCUGGAAUAUCACUGGUUCCAGCACACUGAGAGCUAUUAGACUGGGAAAGAAAGCCAUAAUUCGGUGUGUGUGUGUGUGUGUGUGUUUGUGUGUAUAUAUAUAAGAUGCAGGGAGAACUUCAGUGUCUGUGUGACACAUGACUUUUUCACUGCCGGACAUUGUAUUUAUAACUGAGGACUGCUUCUGUGUGCUACUGUAAGUAUCAGCAGUCACUCAUAAAGACACACCAACUCUCCUGUAAAACUCUGCUAAUUAUAGAUUUAAACUAUGAAAAUGAUGAAUAAUUUUAACAUGAUUGGAAAAUAAAAUAAAGAUAUCAUACAAGACUUCUGUGUCAAGCACAGAUUUUCUAGGCUUGGUAGGCUAGGUAUAGGCCAGGUUUCACCCUGGUGAAAUUACACUGACAUGCCUCUUGUUUUGUUAUACUUGAGUUGUUCAGUUUCAGUAUUAAACUAAUACAGACAGCAUUUUUUUUAAAUCAAGACCCCUCACCUGUCAGAUCAACUGAUUAGGAAAUGUUAGAGAAGCACUCACUGAGCCCUAUAGUCCUCAUAGGUGAACCCAAAAGUCUAUUACUAUUUGUUUGAGGACAUGUUCCUGAAAAGUAGGAUCCCUGGUUAAUGGAGGACUGCUGGUGUAAGAUACCUGUGCUAUUUGUUGGUCACUGAGUUCACCUGUUGAUCCAUUGUUGCUUAAUUCAAAGUAAAUAUUGCAAUAUCUCCUGUAAAAAAAAUUGUAAUGCUAGAAAUCCAGCUGUUAAUGUGAGAUCCGGAGUCUUAAAAAUGUCCUUAACUGAACUCUUCAGUAAACAACCACAGCAGGAGAGAAGAUAAGAGACGUUGGGGCCCUGUGGUUUCAACUUGUGGCCAGAUAUGAUGAUCUGUGGUGCACAUGCAAAGCAAGAUAUUGCUAAAAAAAAACUUGUUCUGUGGUCGCUUCUAUACGUGUCAUAUCAUAUCAUAGUAAUCUGCUGUCUUAUUAAGUGUCAAUUGCAAAACUAGUGUUUUUUUAAUAUCUAAAUGAUGCAUAGUUUAGUGUUAAUUCAAUGUAAUCACUAUAUUUAAGCAUUUAUUUAUAUGCGCAGUAGUAAGUUUUGUCAAAACUGCAGGAAUGGUAUCUUUAUAUUUAUUAUUGCCUUUAUUUGACCUGUAUUUUCUAUACAUAACAAACAGCUGGACAAUAUAAAAACUUCAAAAUAUGCAUAACAUGAUACAUAAACCUAUAGGCACAUUUAUAAGUUGGGUACAUGAAACGAUAUACAUGGCUAUAAGUCCUACAUGCAUAUAUGUGUGGGAAAAAAACUAUGAGCAAUAUCGGUAAAAUGCAAAGUAUUCUCAGGAAAACAAACAACACAAUAAUAUAUAUACAUAUAUAUAUAUAAUGCCAAAUAGUAGAAAUGUGUAUAUAUAAUUUGAUAAAAUGUAUGCAUGUCUUAUUUUUUAUAUUCUUAUUCUGUUCUUAUGUCUAUGUAUCUGUAUCUUGAGCUGCUGUGACAACUACAUUUCCCCACUGCGGGAUGAAUAAAGUUAUAUCUUAUCUAAUCUUAUCUUAUGCAUUAGCCUACAACAGUGAUAAUUAAUCAAUAAACAUCUAAAAGUAUGGAGGUAACGUAAAGUGGUGGUGCAUGGAUCGUCACUUUAAACGAUGAUGUGUAAAUAAAAUUUAAUACAUAUGCUAAAGAAGAUAAAGUUCUAUUAUAGAAAACUCUCCUGCUUCGAUGGACGUGUGAAUCCGCGCAUGCGCUCUGCCACCCCUGUCCGCCAGGGCGGUGAUCUCUCUCUCUCAUACACACACACUCUCCCUUUGUGUCUCUCUAUCUCUCUCUCUCUCUGGGAAAAACCCGAGCAGGAGGAGAGCAGCAGAAAGGGGGGAGGAGGCGGACUCCUUCUUCUUCUUCCGAUACAGCGGCAGGAUAUUUAGAAAAAUAAAUAAAAAAUUCCACGCACCGAGCCCCCCCCCCCUCCCACCCCCAGUGCGGAGCGGCAGAGGAAGAAAAACCACACGGAUGUGCCUCCGAAAGCGCAGCGGAUACCGCCCUCCGGACCUUAUUAAUGCCAAGAUUGAGAGGUCCGAGGCAGAAGGGGGGAUGACAUGCAUGUGUCCGGCCUGCUAACAUCGCUGACGACUCGCACACUAACCGACUGCCCGGCCUCACGACAUGACGGACGUCCUGUACACAGGUCCGAUCCCGGCCGAGCGAGGGGGCGAGCUGGCCAUGGGGGGAGGUCGCAGCGAGACCUCGGCACUGAGUGGGACGGGAGGGGGGCGGGGCAUGACCACUACCCAGAAUUCCCAACGGCCCAAUGCCUGCUGCUUCUGCUGGUGCUGCUGCUGCAGCUGCUCAUGUUUUAUCAUGUCAGUCUCACCGUCAGGAAUGAAGAGGAGAGACGGAGGCGGAGGAGGAGGAAGAGAAUAUCACAGGACACCAAGAUGGAAACCAUACCAAACUGUGAAGCUUGCACCAAACCCUCAGUGGACGAGAUCCGGCUGUGGUCUCAGUCCUUCGACAAGCUGAUGAGGAACCCGGCGGGGCGAAAUGUUUUCCGGGAGUUCCUGCGGACGGAGUACAGCGAGGAGAACAUGCUGUUCUGGCUGGCGUGCGAGGACCUCAAACAGGAGCUCAACAAGGGCGCCAUCGAGGAGAAAGCUCGCUCCAUCUACGAGGACUACAUUUCCAUAUUGUCGCCAAAAGAGGUGAGCCUGGACGCCCGGGUUCGAGAGGUGAUCAACAGGAAGAUGCAGGACCCGACGCCUCACUCGUUUGAAGACGCUCAGCUACAGAUCUACACGCUGAUGCACAGGGACUCCUACCCACGAUUCCUCUCCUCCAGCAUCUACAAGUCGCUCAUCCACGGCGGCUCACGUACCUCCUCAGAAUCCUAGUCCCACACCUCCUCCUCCUCCUCCUCCUCCUCCUCCUCCUCCUCUGAUCCUGACACCAGAUCAUUUCAUCGCUUCUCUAGCACACUCCUCCCCGUAUCAACUUUACAAAAAUGAUCUCCGCCCCUUCAAUUCACCUCCCCGAUUCUCUGAAUCCCAAAUUUCUCUGAUUACUGCCAAGACUUUCUUCUCAAUUCUUGUUUUUUUCCCUCCUUUUCUUCACCCUUUCUCCUGCUAUUGUCUCCUUGUUAACAUUAAAUGCUAUUUUCUAACUAUUUGAUUAAAAAAAAAUCUGAUAAUGCAUAUAACCCUGAUUCCAAAAAGGUUGGAAUGUGGUCGAAGAUGUAAACAAACCAGAAUGUAAACAUUUAAUAAUUCCCAGCAGUGGGUAGGGUUAGGGUUGGACCAAAAAAACAUUCUUUUUUUUGUUUUAGUUGUGUUUUAGCCACACGCUAAACAAACACAACUGCAGAAACUAGAAAAUGAAGCCUCAUACACACAUUUCAGCCUUCUGGUUCUUCUGUUAACUUUUAUUUGGUCUAAUCCUAACCCUCCCCUUUGUUUAUUAUUGGGACAUACAGUUUAAAACUAGGCUUCCACGCUGUCCUGUAGAGCCUUAAAGCUGCUGAACACUUUACACUCCUCCUCCAUCCUUCUAUUCAUCCUUUUUCACCUCAAACACUCCUGAACAGAGAAGGAAGCGCUCUGGCUGUUGAAGUAUUUCUUCGAGAUAUGUGGCGAUAUGUGGAGAUUUUAAAGCAUUUCAAAGGGGAGAGAAACACACCUGUGCCAUGAUUCUUUAGCUCCUCCCCUCAUCACGACCGUCCAAUCACCUUUAAGAGCUGAUUAAAGGUGUCUGUCCGUCUCUCAUCCUGCAGCUCUCUACUUCUCCACUGACGGAAAGGCAACAGAAAAAGACGGAUGCUGUCACAUUCCUUGUAUCUUUCUCUCUUUCUUUUCUCACUUUCAACUGGAAAACACAGGGUGCUCCCUCCAUCCCUCCUCCCCCCUGCUACAAAAAGUUUCUUAUAUUUGUUGUUUAUUUAUCCACUCUUGUUUGCUGGAUCAAUCAUUUCACUCCUGUGAUAAACAAACGGACAAAUGGACGGAUGUCACUUCCGUCCGACUACUGAUUUACAAACAGACGAGACGUCUAUUUUUUAAGAGAUAAAACUAUAAAGAACAUUUUAAUUAUGUUGAUUUUUUUGUUUGUUUAUUUGGUUUCACUCACUCUCUCCCCUUCCUGGAUUUUUUUUUGCAAGAAGAGGAGGAUUCCUCUGAGACUGUACUGAUCCCCACCCUGCGCAACACCACACACACACACACACACCACACACAGGUGCAAUAAACACUGGAGUUUGGAAACACACACACACACACACACACACACACACACACACACACACACACACACAUACACACAUACACACAUGCAAACAUUUACAACAUUUGUGUUACUAUACUUUUGCUCCUUCCUGUUCAAAUUAUAAACCUUCAGCAACAUGUGACCAAAUCUGCCAAAACAGCAAAUCUGUAUUUACCUCAGGUUCAUUGUUUAUUAUUUUGGAAUUGUAUCUUUUCUGUUUCUCAUGUUUGAGUCAUGAAUGAAACGAUAAUCCACUCUGACCCAUGCAGUUAUUAUUACAGGUGCAUCUUAAUUAAUUAGAAUAUAAUAGAAAGUUUAUUUAUGUCAGUAAUUUAAUUCAAAAAGUGGAAAUAACACAUUAUAAAGAUCCAUUACACACAGAAAGAAACAUUUGAUGUCUUAUUUAAUUUAAUUUCUUCUAAUUAUAAUGAUGGUUUACAUUUAAUGAAGACCUAAAAUUCAGUGUCUCAAAAAAAAAAAUUACAAAAGACAGAUUUAAAAAAAAGUAUGUUUAAUGUGGAAAUGUUGGCCUCUGAAAAGUAUGUCCAUCUAUAUGACUCAAUACUUGGUUGGGGCUAUUUGACUUGAACUACUGGAAAUGGACUUUUCAAUGAUAUUCUAAUAUAUUGAUAUGCAGCUGUAAAUAAUGCACCCCACAGAGUGUGUUAUUGUUAGAACAUAGCAAUUAUUUAUUCAUAUUCAGGGCAAUACACCCUUUAAAUGUAGAUGUUGUGUUAUUCAGUUGUUGGUAUGAGUGGCCUUCCUUUAAAAGUAAUUUUUUUGUUUAAUUUUAUGAUUUUUUUGAAUGGUAGAACUUUGGAAUCAUAGAGCUGAAACAAUUAGUCACUUUUUUAAUUUAUUUUUUAUUAAAAGCUGAUUCUGUGCUUCUCAAAUGUGAAAAUUGUAUUAUUUUAUUAUUUAAAAUUAAUUAUCUUUGGAAUUUGGUCUGAUGGACAAAACGUCCCAGAAGUCAAAAUUGUCCUCAUAAGUAUGGUAAUACAAAUACACACACACACACACACACACACACGCACACCAGGGUGGCCUACCUGGGCACUGCUGCUGCUGACCUCUGCCUCUGUGACCUCUCACCUUUGACCUCACCACUGUCUGUCACCCACUCAGACGCCUGCUCCUGAUAGGCUGCAGGGCUGAACUGUGGUUGGUCAAUUCAGGAAGGGGGGUGGGAGGAAAUCCCAGGUGCAAAAAAGUAUAUAUAUAUAGAUAUAUUAAUGAAAAACAACUAAUAAAAAAUAUAUAUAGAAAAAAAGAAGAUGUUAUGUGGGAUGGGAUGCUUACACCCAGUGCUUCAUGGGAAAUGUAGUUCGAGGAAAACAAAUGUUUGUAGUUGUCUGCGGCGGCAGAAACAACAGAUUUUAAAAAAAGAGAUGCCCAGGUCCUCACCAGACCGGUCACUCAGAAUGCAUUUAUCUUAGUAUUGUUAAUGUUAUUUAUUUUAUAUUUUGUUAAAACUGUGAUUUUAAUUGUACAUAUAUAAACGGAAACCCUUGAACAUCCAA